UAAACAAAAAAAUGCUAAUUCUUUAUGUUUCUCAUGUUCACUUCACUUCUAGCAAAACCUCGUUUUGUAAAUCUAUGACAUGAAAAGACUACGUAUCUUUAACAUUUUGGGUAUCUAUAUAUCUUUGCUUAGAGAGUACAAUGCAGACCUCUUAAAUUAAGAAAGCAACGAAACGAUAUUAAACAUGUCUGUCUAUAUCUUAAUAGGCUACGAUAUAAACUUCUUAAGCUUAGUUUGAAUAUUAAUGGGUCACUACAUUAACCUCCCAGCCGAGUUUAUAUAUAGGCCCAUUAAGAAUCAAAUUAAGCCCAAAACUAACUAAUUUUCCUUUUUUAAUAGAUUUAAUUUCCGGCAAAGAAAUAAUGAAUAUUUCCAAUUUGUAAAUCUGGGAGCUGACUUUUUCCCGUCGGAGAAGUUUAAUCCCGCCGGCGAACGACGGAAUCGAUCCUCCAGAAACCUCCGAUCUCGUUUUACAUAACGAUUCGCGCUGAUUCUGUUGCUAAUUGCUUAUGAUGAAAGCACGAUCCUGUUCUUCAGAUCUAUAGCUCAAUCGAAAAACCGUCAGGGGUUUAACAUCAUCUAUAGCUGAUAAUGGCGACGAGGAAUCGCACGCUCUUGUUCCGCAAGUACAGAAACUCUCUGAGGAGCGUCCGUGCUCCGAUGACGGAAGCGAAAUCCGGCGUAGGUCCGGUGAUCGAGAUGGCGAGCGCGACUCUGUUGCAUCCCAAGCGAUCCUACGCUCCAGUGAGUACCGAAGAUCCAGGGAGUUCGAGAGGAGGAGCAAUAACAGUGGGGUUACCACCAGACUGGGUUGAUGUCUCCGAGGAGAUUUCAGGGAACAUUCAGCGUGCUAGGACUAAAAUGGCUGAACUAGGGAAGGCUCAUGCGAAAGCCUUGAUGCCUACGUUUGGUGAUGGUAAAGAAGACCAGCAUCAGAUCGAGUCUUUGACGCAGGAGAUUACUUUCCUGUUGAGGAAAUCAGAGAAGCAGCUUCAGAAGCUAUCUGCAGCUGGACCUUCUGAAGAUUCAAACGUCAGGAAAAACGUUCAGCGAUCUCUUGCUACUGAUCUCCAAUUCCUUUCUAUGGAGCUCCGCAAGAAACAGUCUACUUAUCUGAAACGCUUGAGACUACAAAAAGAGGAUGGAGGGGACUUAGAGAUGAAUCUCAACGGAAGCAGCUCUAGAGCAGAAGAUGAUGACUUCGAUGAUAUAUUAUUUAGUGAGCAUCAGAUGAGUAAGAUCAAAAAGAGCGAGGCAAUAUCGGUAGAGAGGGAGAAAGAGAUUCAGCAGGUUGUUGAAUCUGUAAACGAGCUCGCUCAGAUAAUGAAGGAUCUUUCUGCACUUGUAAUAGAUCAGGGCACUAUAGUUGAUCGGAUUGACUAUAACAUCCAGAACGUUGCUAGUACAGUUGAAGAUGGUCUCAAACAGCUGCAAAAGGCGGAACGUACACAGAGGAGUGGUGGUAUGGUUAUGUGUGCGUCUGUUCUUGUUAUCCUCUGCUUCAUCAUGAUAGUUCUCUUAAUCCUCAAGGAGAUUUUCUUGUGACCCAAGAAAGAGAUUGACCCCUCUCAUUAUUUUAUUCUUUCAUAAUGGGGACCCCACAAUGUUUGCGUUGCUCACUGUUCUGCUGUAUCGACCAAAAUUGUCUGAAGAUAAAUUCGAAUUGCGUUCUGUCUUGUAUUUGGAUUUUGAAGAGUUUGUUUAUAAACGUUUAUUUACAUGUUAAGAAGAUAUAGGACCUGUACGGUUUGUUCCAGGUUAGGAACUACCAAAGACCAA